CGUGUGAAGCUUGACGCGCUGGGUUCGUUCUGGUUCCGCCGCUCGAGCAGAACGCCGAAGGACUUUGGACAUGAAUGGGCCCCUGAGGUUGCACGCGGUGCCGUGAGAGGACGGCUGGACUCGUGUUCUGGUACCGGCUGGAGGCGGCGGAGCGGCUGCUGGCCGUUUUCUGAGUGAGGGGUUGCUCCUGGUCCAGUCAUGACCUCAGGGAAUGGGAACAGCAGCAGCACCCAGCACCAUGGAGAGAGAAAACCAGCCCAGACGCUGGUCAGACGGCACAUCCUCACCCACCUGAUAGAAGGCUUCGUGAUCCAAGAGGGUGCUGAACCCUUCCCUGUGGAGCGUCCGUCCUUCUCAGUGGACAGUUUACAAAACCACAGUCAGCAUUUGGAAAGCCACAUGUCAAGUUCAAAACUAGAGAUCUCAGAAAAAGAGCCACAGAACCAGCCCAUGUUGACCUGCGAGUUGUGCGGCAGGAUGGAUUUCGCCUCCAUCUUCAAGCGGUCCAAGAGGUUCUGUUCGACCGUGUGUGCUAAACGCUACAGCGUGGGCUGCACAAAGCACGUGGGUCUCUUCCCCAACCAAGGGUCCACUGUGGAGAACCUGAAGAAACAAAGAGCACUGAACGGAAACCACAAAGUCUGGAGUCUGGAGUCCAAGAAGAAGUAUCCCUCAUCUGUCCAGAAACUUGCUGCUGCCGCGCUCUCCUCGGGUCACCCCGCUGUGGGUGAGUCCAGCCAGUGUUCAGAGCUGUCCAGCUACAAAACGUCCCCGUCCUCUCCUGCCGGGGUCCAGCGUCUGGCCGCGCUCCAAGGCUGCGACCUGCCCCACGGCUUCCUGCCCACUGACCCCAGCCGCUGGAACGUGGAGGAUGUCUUUGAGUUCAUCUGCUCCCUUCCAGGUUGUCUGGAGAUCGCCGAGGAGUUUCGCUCACAGGAGAUUGACGGACAGGCACUGAUGCUGCUGAAGGAGGACCACCUCAUGGGAACCAUGAACAUCAAACUUGGUCCUGCACUCAAGCUCUUUGCCCAGAUCAGCAUGCUGAAAGACUCGUAGCCUCAGAGAACACUUCACCUCAUGCGCUCAGCAGCUGUUCAACCACGGCCGCGCAAACGGGCUGAGUUCAAGAUGUCGCAUUAAGUUCAGCUAACAGCCCAAAUACUGUGUCGUAGCCCGCUGACCACGAGGACAUCAGUUCUGAGAUUUACAGUGUCGGUAAAAAAAAACACACACAGAACUUUUACAUGUUCUUUAGGCUUUUGUGACAUAAAAUAUGUUACAAAAAUCAGACUUUUGACGAAAAUAAUCUGUUUCUCAGUUCUAAAACAACAAAACUACGGGACGUCCAAAAGUAUUCACAGCACUUCACAUUCACCACAUUUUAUGUUACAGCCUUAUUCCAAAAUGGAUGAAAUUCUUUUUU